AUGCAGAGUUUCCUGAUGCUGCUGAGGAAGCACGGGGCCUCCUGUCCACCCUCAGAAGAGCUGGUAACCCUUGCAGCAAAGCUGUGUUGGGACCUUCGGGAUGACCCUGCUCAGGUGCAGCCUUUGGUGGCAGCUGUUCUGGCUAGCCAGCUUCGUCUGCACCUUCUGGACAAUGGAGAUGUGGUCCUGGUUUGUGCUCGUGUUUUGGUCCAGCAGGAGCAGCUGCAGGCAGCCUGCCAGCUUCUGCAGGAGUGCCGGGUGUCAGGAGGCAGCCAGGAGCUGGUGCAGCUCUGGAAUGACAUCCAUUACUGCCUGGCCAUGAAGAGGCUAGGCGUAGCCACCCUGAGCCCUGUGCAGAAGUUCCGAUGCAGAAAAAGGAACCCACCACCCCAUUUCCUCUGCCCCAAAAGCCCCAAAAGCCGGAACUUCCCCCAAGUGGUUCGUCAAAUUCUGAAGGACUUUGCCUCAGGUGUGAGCACCAACCCCAGCAAGGCAGAGAGGGACACUCUGGCUUUGGAGACGGGUUUGACAGCUGAGCAAGUAUACAACUGGUUUGCCAGUUACCGGCGGCGCCAAAGAUACAUUCUCCAACGCAUGGAGCCAGCCCAGCAGGCUGUUUCAGAAGUUCCAUGCACAAAGGAGCCAGAUCCUGCCCUCCAGCAGCCCUCCUGCAGUCCCUAUGGUGACUCAAGAUUUGUGGACAGGCCUCAGUGGUCAGCAGGAUGUGAGAAAAGUGGGACUCUAUGGUCUUCCACUCAAGCUUCAUGGGAUCCACUAGCCCUUGCCCUGGGCUUUCCUGGAGUCAACUCAAUCUCAAAGCCACUGACUGCCAGAUCUCUGCUAGAAGGUGAAAGGUACCUAAAGGGACCUGACCGUGACCCUGCCAGCCUCAGUCCCAUCUGCCUUGGGCCCAGCUUCUGCUCUCUGACUGCUGGCAGCAACGUGCUGGAUCCUCCUGUGCCUGCCCCUGCGGCAUGGAUGAUGUCCCUUGCACUACCGUCCUCCAAGGAAGCGUGCUUCCGGCUUGGGCAGCAAGCCCACAGCCACAAGCCGGACUCCAGGAUGCACCUGCCAGGUUCCACCAUGUCCAUGUCCAUUGCCACUGUUGGUGACCCUUGCCCUGCAGGAUUUACUGACCCACAUCAUGACAAUUCCCAGAUCAUGUACUCAGAAGAAGGCCCUGGCUCAAGUGGUGAGCAGGCAGAGGGGGGCAGCUUCCUGGUGACACAGCCUCCAUUGCAGGCCUGUGAAUUUAUCAUCCCUCCCAGCUCUGCAGAGUUUGUGCCUGUGUCUACCAUGGAGCUGAGCCAUGACCUGCCCUCCAACCAGAUGCAGUGGUCUCAUAACCAGGUCUCCUGUGAUGCUCUCUGGGGAGCCAGAUUGCUCCUUGAGUUUUCAGGAGGCAGCCUGGGCCAAGGCAACCCUGGGGAUCAAAGCCAGCACCGAAGAAGCAGCAGAUGUGGAUUGUCCAGCUGUUCACAAGUUGCAGAGCUUUAUCCUGAAUAAUUAAAGGUUCCUCAGGGAUCACUAAGGGUUGUUUUUUUUUUCUGGAAAAUGGAAGGUUUCUUUGAGUAGUUUGGUUGGUAAUUCUCUCUAUUGAAGGAAGCAUCUGGCACAUAUUCACAGGGUCAAGUUGAAAGAGUGUCUGUUCUUACUGAAGCUCCUGAUGAGUUCUGUUCAGCAAGGACUCCAGAGGAUAGAAUUUCCCUUCCUACUUCCCCAUGCACAAGGCCUUCC